AAAAACCAGUACGUUAACCCUAAUCAGUUGCAGAGACGAGAGAGAUCUUUUAAAUAAAUGCAGUUAUGCAUGGGAAAUAAUAUUCACGAAUUUGUGUGUUUGUUCGAUUUAAAGUGCGGAGUUAGAGCCCGUAGUUGAAACAUACUUUUCCCUUCUUUUUUCAUAGAAUCAUCUGCGGAUUGAUAUCCGCAUUAAAUAAUUUAAUCUUCCCAUUCUUCCCAUUCUUUUUCCAGGUAGAAAGAGACAUAAAGAUAAAUGAGAAACAAAGACCACCGGUUUUAUGAUGGUUUUAUCUUUUUCAGGAAAUCAAUUCCAUAAGAGUUCCCCUGAAAACCCAUUAAGAAGUGAGAAAAAAUGAAGCAACCACCUUGUUUGUCGAUCAUUGUCGUCCUUCUUGCGUUUUAUUCUGCGCCUUGUAAGUUCACCUUCGUAUGUCAUCCUCAUUACAUUUAAUGUUUACGACAAUUUUUUAGGCUAAAGGAAGUCCAGUAGCUUUUCAUGCUCAUUGAAACAUUAUGAAGACACCUUGAUGGUUUAGGUUACUUAUUUAUCGGCUAACAUCAGCUUUUUCUAAAAAAAGAAGUUAAAAAUAAAUGUUUCCGAGUAAAGGACGAUUAAGAUAUAUUUUUUCAGUAGGUUUUUUUAGCUACAGAAAUUGAAAAUAAUUUUCAAUUGAAAAUUGAAAUUGAAAUAGCUACAGAAAUUGCAAAUAAUUUUCAAUUGAAAAUUGAAAUUGAAAUAGCUACAGAAAUUGAACGAUCUCAUCCUUCUCGUCUCCAUAACCCAAUACAUUUUAGUGAUUAAUAAGCCGAUUGACUCAGAACUAACUGACUCACUUUCAUUUCAUUAUGUAAAAAGCCCUGUUAAAAUUUUUUAACAGCUUAUGAACUAGAGACAACGACCAUUGAAAACAUUAACUGCGGAGACGUCUCAAAUAUCGAGUUUACACUCGUCAUCCCUGAUAUCAAUCAGUGGGAUGACGGCGAUAAAGCCACAUGGGAAUUGGAACAUAGCGGAGGUUCGAACCCAGCCUGUCAGCCAUCAUUUACAUCUGUAGCAGGCAAAGUGAAAUAUGGUGCGUUCAGCGCCGAUGUUUGCAAGAAGUCAUUGACAGAGAACGCCGACGGAAUUACUUUGGACUACGAGUUUAAGAUCGAAGUUAGUGCCUCUGGUAGUCCGACUUUUCAGUAUGACCACGAUUACACGAUAACAUGUACAUAUAACAGGGAAAAACAGGGUCUUCAGGCCAGCUUCCUACCUCAACAUUCAAUCACUGAAACUGGCACCGGUAAGUAGGGAUGAUUAACAGCUUACGAUAAAGUUAUUACCGAUUGGGCAAAGUAGUACGUUUCCUGCUGACAGCUCAGUGAUCUGUUAUGUCAAUUGGAAUAACAAUUUCGCAAAAUUCGAUCGCAUUAACCUUCUUUCGCAAUGACAUGUCGCAGUUUAUUUUUCUUGCGUUUAUCUUUUGUCUCAUUUAUAAAACAGAAUGAAAAAUUUUAAAGGUUUGUAAGUACGUGAAGAGCAUAUAUUCACUGCGAGGUCUCACCUGGCAUUAGUACAGCGUGAUGCAUAUGAUACUCUUUCUCCAAGGUGUUGUAUUGAAAAGGUUUGAUAAAUUCACAGAUCAUUUCAAAGACGAGUAUUAUAUUCGAAAAAAAAAACAAAAAAAACGGCAGCGGCAGUUAGAUCAGACUAUGGUGCGACGAAUGUCGAAAGAAAAAAGGAAAGAAAAAGAUAAGAAAAAAUGAAACAUUUUAAAGGUUUGUAAAAGAGCAUAUAUAUUUCAUUGGGAUGUCUCAAAACCUGACGCUAGUACAGCUUGAUGUAUAAGUUAUCCUCAUAAAGCGUCUAAAAAGUAACGAAAUGUAAGAUCGCAAGUCAGUAGGUGUAUAAAGUCUAUGUUAAUAUAAGUUUCAGUUCAAGCAUUUUAUGGUUUUGACAGCUUGGUUUAGAUACUCAGUCAAAAACUGUUUUUUUAGUUAAAAUUUUCUGCUUUCAUAGAGGAUUCAUCUAUAAAUGUCCUCCGCGUUUUGCUGUUUAAUAUUUUCCAGAUAGUGGUGAGCUGGCUUUCACUUUUGAUUUAUUGGACGGCAGCACCCCAAUAGUCUCUGGCACGGAAAUUACUUUGGGGACAGACCUUAUCGGAAAAUUGACGGUUUCAGAAUCUGGUUUUCCAACCAACAAGUUUACCGUUUUUUUCGUAUCUGUCACGGCAGACAAAGAAACCCCCGAUAGCUCGAUCACUUUGAUUACGAAUGGGUAAGUUCCAAACUUUUAUCUAUAGCCAUUAAAAGCAGUUUCUUCAUUAACAACACUCACAUACAUACUGAUGUAAGUUUUAGCUCGUUUUCAUCGAUAAUUUGAGUAGCUUUGCUUUAUUUUUUCGGUUAUCAUAUCAGGAUUAAUCUCCUUUUAUUCAUGAGUAUAAAUAUUCUUAAAUGUUCAUGUUUUGAUAUUCUACUUAACUCAUGACUCUUUAACUUUUUGAAACCAUAACUGGUAAGUGUGUAAACUGGUCCGUUUCUUUGCCCAAACAUGCAAAACUGUUUAUCAGAAUAUGUGUGUCCGUGACGUGUAGAUGACUCAAAAUGAGAACAGAAUAACCAUAUGAGGAGGUUGUUAGCACGUGUUCGCUGUGAAUAGAGAUUAAAAGAAACAAACUGACCACAGCUUCAAUGCAGGUUGUCCAUAAUAGCGAAUUCGGUAAGCAGGGAAGUUGAGUCGCAAAUAAUUCCCUAUUCACACUAAAGAACUUCAGGAUAGAAAAGGUAUUUUGAAAUGAUGCUUAAGUUGGUUACAAAUUGAUUUCUGCAUGAUUCAUUAAAGAGAGGUUUCUAUUUACCGCAUUCAGCUGUGCGGAUGACAGCCUACAAGGCGAUGGUUUCGUGGAUGACGCUUCCUGUGGUGGUGGUAAAGAUGACCAAUUUACAUUUAAAGCUUUUCGUUUCUCUGGUCAAACGGGGAGUCAAACAGUUGUAUUUACCGUCACCGCCAAAGUUUGUUAUGACGGUUCUCCUGGGUGCGUUUGCAAUUGUGGCGCUCGAAAAAGGCGUAGUACUUUAGACGAGACCUCGAAAACCUUAUACUACAUUAGAGCUGGUCCUUUCACUUUUGUAGAUGCUGAUGAAGGGGAAGAGCAAGGUUUGUAUCUACUCCUCUGUUCAAUGAAUUCGUUAUCAUGAUUUGGGCUAUGAUGGCAAACGAAACAUCAGCAUUUCAUUUAAUAACGCAAUUAAUUUGGCUUCAAUAUUUAAUGAAAAUAGUAAUAAACCUCCCUUUUCGAACUAAGAAAAUCGACUAAUUUCUUGUAUUUAACAAAAAGUAUUGAACUUAAUUUUUUUAAUCGGAGUUUUAUUCUGUAUCAUCAGCUGACACCGUUGUUGAUGAGGAUAAAGACUCGUCUGUUCCUGUCCAUGUUGUCACUGUUGGGGUGGUCGGUGGAGUCGUGGCUGUCGCCAUUGUUUGUGUCGCUGUCAUCAUUGUCCUGCGCAAGCGUCGCCAUAAUGUAACACUGACUGAAUCAAGUGGCGCUCAAGAAUUCGCUACUCCAGGCGUGUGAGUUUUUUGCGACAGGAAUGCCUCCUAAUAUGGCAUUAUUUACUCACGUAGACAAUGAAGAACUAGUUUUUCUUGAUAGCUUUUCGGUUUUGUAAUCUCGUAGAUGAAAAUAUAUGAAUAAUGCUGAGACGUUUUUUAGAAGAAUUCGAUACACUACUCCAAAAACACCGAAAGAUUUAGAGAGAUGGUGAUAUCAAAAUCCGAACUUUUGACCGGGCCUGUUGACGCAGGAGAAGAAACAAAAUAUAGGUGGAGCCUAUCAUUUUUUAUCUUUUGAUACAAGUCAUUUGCAUUAUUUUGCUUGAACAAAGACCAUGAAGGAGUUAAAAAGUAAGUCUCAAUUGUUGCAAAACUGUUACAAGCAACAGUUCUAAAGAUAAUUCCAAAAAUAGAAGGCAAAGGUUAGGACCUAAGAGACAGUUUUGUGUUUUUUCUCGUACGAUUUAUCAAUAGGACUGGAAACCAUAUUUCAGAAAGCACAGGGAGAAACAACUUGUACUGCAGUUUUGAUUUUUUUUGCAAUCAUUAAAAUAUUCGGUCAUCAGUCUGUUUAACUGAUUGAUCCUCUUAUGUUUUGCGAUCGCUUGAGUUUCUGAAUCUUGAAUCCACUGAAUAUUGAUUCUAGCUUCUAAGUUACGUCAUUGGCUAAUUGAAACACUUCAUUUUUCCACUGAGUGUUUCAUGAAUUACUAAGCAUCAUAUUGUAUUUCUUAAAUUUUAGAGCAAGUGAUUAUUUUUGUAGUGAAUAAUAGCGGCUUUUCAACAUUAGCGAUCAAAAACUUGUUUUUGAGUCAUAGUUUAUAAUGGUUCUGGUUAAAAAAGCUGACAAAAAUAAAAGAUGGAAAGCAAAGGUUAAUUUAGGUAAAGAUCAAAACUCUCUUGGGGAGUUCAUCUUUCCCACGAGGAGUUGGAUCUUAAUACAUAAGUAUUCGGAUUCUCAGGUUUUUGGGUAAAUAUUCAGCAGUGCACUUCCUAUGUAACCUGCAAUUAGAAUUUUAAAUGAAUAAAUAGUGUAUUCAAGGCACUUAAAGAUAUUUGGAUUCUUUGUUUAAUUGAUGGGAAAACUUCAGAGUCAUGCAUGAGCCUUGACCAUUACCUGGCCCUACAUUUGCUGGUAUAAUCUUUAGUUGUUGAAUUUAUAGAAUCAUCACACCAAAGUGGAACGUCUGGAUCAAUUGAGUUAGGGACCUUCUUAGAUUCACGUUUACGCUUGAUAUUAACGAG